AUGGCCUCGGCCGGUCGCUCCUCUUCCGCACGUCGUUUCCUCAAACCACUCCUCUAUUCCGGCGUCGCACUCGCGGGGGUUGGGGGCACCAUCUUGUACCUCUCCUACCGGCCCAUCAACGUUCCCGGCUCCCAGGGCGCCAUUGUCCCAAUUCCGCGAACAGAAGACGGCACCAUUAUCCCUCCAAAAUUCCCCUUGAUCAAGUCCCGCGCCGAACAGAUUCUCGACCUGAGGAAGAGCGGUGGACUGGUGGGUGCGGCGGCAGAGACGCCCCUGCGCCAGCAGUUGAGGAAUAGCUUCGACCGGUUAAGAGGCGCAACAAGCGACGAUAGAGACAUAACCUUACCUGCGGAGCAAGAAGCCAGCGAACCGUAUGACCUUCUGGUCAUUGGUGGAGGGGCUACAGGUUCAGGCAUUGCCCUGGAUGCUGCCACCCGUGGCCUCAAGGUCGCCCUGGUCGAGCGCGAUGACUUUGCUGCUGGUACGAGUAGUAAGAGUACGAAACUUGUGCACGGCGGCGUCCGAUACCUCGAAAAGGCUUUCUGGGAGCUAGACUAUAACCAGUAUGCAUUGGUCAAAGAGGCUCUACGCGAGAGGAAGUAUUUCCUUGACACAGCCCCUCAUCUGUCUAUGUGGCUCCCCAUCAUGAUCCCUUUGCAGAAAUGGUGGCAAGCUCCAUAUUUUUGGGCCGGUACGAAAUUGUACGACUAUCUCGCGGGCAGUGAGGGCAUUGAGACCAGCUACUUUUUGACCAAGAGCAAGGCGUUGGACGCUUUUCCUAUGUUGAAGAAGGAGAACCUGGUCGGAGCGCUGGUUUACUAUGAUGGCGCACACAACGACAGUCGUAUGAACAUAUCCAUUGCAGCUACGGCUGCGCUCUACGGUGCAACGGUGGUCAACCAUAUGGAGGUUACCAGUUUGACGAAGGACCAGAACGGCAAACUGAAUGGGGCCGUGGUCCGAGAUGUGAUUGCGGAGAAGAAUGGCAAACCGACAUCGCCUUUCACCAUACGCGCCAAAGGUAUAAUCAACGCGACUGGUCCUUUCUGCGACUCAAUACGGAAGAUGGACGACCAAACUGUGCAAGAAAUUGUUGCUCCGAGUUCUGGCGUCCACGUGGUGCUUCCGGGAUAUUACAGCCCACAGAGGAACUCUAUGGGUCUGAUUGAUCCUGCGACGUCCGAUGGCCGUGUCAUCUUCUUCCUACCUUGGCAGGGCAACACGAUCGCCGGGACCACCGACGCGCCCUGCAAGAUUACCCAACAUCCGAUUGCUGGAGAGGAAGAGAUUGGCUGGAUUUUGAACGAGAUCAAGGGAUAUCUGUCUCCAGAAAUCAACGUCCGCCGUGGAGAUGUGCUCGCUGCUUGGUCUGGGAUUCGACCAUUGGUCAAGGAUCCCAAGGCAAAGAAUACCGAGUCGCUCGUGCGAAAUCAUCUGGUGACAGUCUCGUUCUCGGGACUGCUCACGUGUGCUGGUGGCAAAUGGACGACAUAUCGACAAAUGGCAGAGGAUGCGGUCGACGAGGCCAUCAAACAAUUCACGUUGCAGACGAAGCCACUAACAACCCCGACGAGGAUCAGCGGAACCGAAAAGAUCGACGAUGCCGCCCCACUUGAUGGGACCUGCCAAACACACCAAGUGAGGCUCGUCGGCGCCCACGGAUUCUCUAAAACCUUGUUCAUCAACCUCAUUCAGCAUUUCGGCCUCGAGACCGAAGUGGCCAAACAUCUUGCAGAAGCAUAUGGUGAUCGUGCGUGGACGGUGGCUGCACUUUCAAGCCCGACAAAUGAAAGGUACCCCGUUAGAGGAGAGCGUAUUUCUGCAUUGUACCCAUUUAUAGACGGAGAAGUACGCUACGCAGUGAGACAUGAAUUUGCGCAGCGAGCCGUGGAUGUGAUUGCACGAAGGACAAGACUAGCUUUCCUAAACGCCCAGGCUGCGUUGGAAGCGCUGCCCAAAGUCAUCGACUUGAUGGCUGAGGAGCUAAAGUGGGACAAUAAGAGGAAGGAUCUCGAGUGGAAGGAAAGUGUUGCUUUUCUGGCCUCGAUGGGUCUUCCAAGAAGCAAGUUGAACGUCUCAAGAAAGGACGUUGAAAGUGGAAAGGCCGGUUUUGCUGAUGAAUACGAGAGGAAGCUAUAUUCGAGAUACGAUGGUCCAGCGGAUACGCUCGAGAGCGACUCGAAAUUGAAACCUGGACAAAAUCCCGUGCUGGGGCAAGAUUCGCCCGCAAACAAGUAG